AUGCGCGGCGACCGCGAGCUUGUCCUGAAGGCAGUGCGGCAGGAUGGUGAUGCGCUGCAGUAUGCCAGCGAUGUGCUUCGCCAAGAUUCGGACGUGGUGCUGCUAGCUCUCGAACGAGGUCCCACAGCUUUUCAGCACGCUUUAGAUGGUCCCAGAGAUGACAAAGGCAUUGUCAUGAAAGCUGUGGGGAUGGACGGCCUUCUCUUGAAGUUUGCAUCGCAUCGGCUACAAGCUGACCCAGCAAUAGUCACGCAAGCUCUUCAACAAUCUGGGGACGCGCUUCAAUAUGCAAGCUCAGAACUGCGAAGUGAUCCGACCCUGGUCAUGAGUGCAGUGAAGCAGUUCCCUCAUGUCUACCUCCUAGCAACGGGCGCUGCCCGGGCUGACAAGGAUCUGGCCGUGGAAGCUUUGAGAGGCAACGGGCACCUUCUUCAGCACAUCUCGGAACCUCUCUGGUCCAGCAAGGAAGUGGUGCUGGCUGCUGUUAGCAGUGCAGGAGCAGCCUUGCAACAUGCUCCUCGUCAUCUUCGCGCCGACCGAGAGGUUGUGCUGACAUCAGUUCGAUCUGACUGCCACGCGCUCGAGUACAGCGCUGCGGAGCUCAAGGCCACUCAGCCCUUGCAGCGCCUCUUCGACAGCAUUUGCGGUGCCGUUGAGCAGCUUCUUGUGAGACUGGCGAGGCGCAUUUGGAGGCCGCUAAGAGCGUUGCUGUCCGAUACCUUUUGCCCAAGCGUUGUCUCGAGUACACGCAUCUCCGGUACUGAAAGCUUUUGCUUCUGCGCUUUGGCGAGAACCCUUGAGCCAUCGUGCAGCUUCAUGAAGUUUCUGAUCCUUUUGCUGUGGCCCUUGCUGGCAUCCGGGCUGCGUCGCAAACCCCAGGGCCGAAGUGGGGUCUUUGUGCACCUCUUUGAAUGGUCUUGGCAAGACGUGGCCAGAGAAUGUGAGGAUUGGCUGGGUCCAAAAGGUUUUGCUGCAGUGCAAGUAUCACCUCCAACAGAACAUAUUCAGGGCCGUGAGUGGUGGACGCGCUAUCAGCCCGUCACGUACAACCUAACCAGUCGCUCCGGGGAUGAGAAAGCCUUUGCUUCAAUGGUGAAGCGUUGCAAAAAGGCCAAUGUUCAAGUCUACGUCGAUGCCGUCCUCAAUCAUUGCGCCGCAAACAAAGGGACGAGCAUCAGUGGCAACACCUACGGUGGACGAAGAACUCCGAUUUUCAGCCCGGAGGAUUUCCACCACAUCCCCGGCGACACCAGUGGAAACUGUGGUGUAAGCAACUUUGCAGACAUCCACAAUGUUCAAUUCUGCGACUUGCAGGGCCUCCCAGAUCUCUGCACCGAGUGCGAAGCUGUGCAAAGCAAGAUCGCAGCUUACUUGAGCGAACUCGUAGAGCUUGGUGUGGCUGGCGUUAGGCUAGAUGCCGCCAAGCAUAUUCCAAAAGCCGAUUUGGCAAAGAUCUUCGAGAAAGUUAAAGACGGCAACAAGCUGCUGAAAUACGCCGAGAUAUCGAAAGCGACUACGACAGAUGUCGUGACCGAAGACUUGUACAUUGAUCUGGUAGACGUCAUCGAGUUCAACUAUUACCCAGAGCUUGACAAGGGCAUUGCAGAGUCGGGCCGCAUGUCAAAUUUGGAAUCACUAGGAGGGGCACCAGAUCUGGUGCCAGGUUCUUCUGCAGUGGUUUUUGUGGAUAAUCACGACACGCAGCGUUCCAAGGACAGCAGCAGCGCGGCAAAGCUGACUUACAAAUCUGGAAGGCUGUAUCAACUGGCCAGUGCCUUCAUGCUGGCCCAUCCCUACGGGUAUCCUCAGAUCAUGAGCUCCUUUCAUUUCAGCGAUUAUGACCAAGGUCCACCGUCAGUUUCUGUCCACAAAGAAGAUGGGGACCUUCGUUGUGGAGAAUUCCAGCCAUGGGUUUGUGAGCACAGGUGGGCUGGCAUCGCGAACAUGGUAGCAUGGCGCCACACUGCCGGCGACAAUCCCAUCACGCAUUUUACUGCGCUCAGUGAAGACACAGUUUCCUUUUGCCGCGGCAGCGUGGCAUGCGUUGCAUUCAACCGGCAAGAGUCCGACGAAUGGGUGGUCAGCCUCGACUUGCCGCUAGACCCAGGUGACUACUGCGACGUGGCGAGUUCGGAUGGAGUUGGAUGCCCAGUGAUCAAGGUGGACAGUGACAAGACCGCAAAGAUCACGGUCCCAGCGCAGGGUUUCGUGGCAAUUCAUGCAGGGGCACGCAAAAAGAGCCCUCCAACAGACGACGACUCCGAGCUGAGCGAGGUGCAGCUUCGUGCAAGACCGGCACAUGCUCCAAAGGGCGUCUUCUCCAUCAGCGCUGGUGGCGCAUACCAAGAAUGGUGA